CGAUUAGAUUCUUGAUGGCUUCCAAUACGGUCAGAAAAGAUAUAUAAGGAGCAUAUUUUCACGAAAUGAUUAUGUUGAAUACCUCCCAUCAAGCAAUCAUCUGCUAAAUAUCACUCUACCACACACAUAAACUCAAUUUUCAUACACAUAUCAUCAUGAACACCACAUUGAUGCACCACAAUCAGCUCAUGGCUAUUAUCGAUCAAGAACGUGAAAGCCAAUUAAACGAAAUGUUCAGUAGAGGUGCAACUUCGAGCAACUCAAAGCCAAACAAUGUUAUGAAACAAGAAGGAUUUGCUUCACCACAAUACGUAAAAGUAGAACAAUUUGAUGGUCCACCACCACCAUAUUCCGUUGCUACAGAAAGUAGCAUGCAAACGAAACAACAACAACAUCCAGAGACAAAAAACAAAGACAAAUUGUUGGAAGAUCUUCAACAAACUUCCGUAGUCAUUGCACAACAACCACCUUUGAUUAUGGAAUUGAUCAUGGGUCAUAAAUUGGCCAUCAAAUUGUGCAAGCGUAGAGAACAAAAACGUUUGGAACGUUUGGAAGAAGUUCAUGAUGCUUGGGCUCGCUUAGGAUUAGAUACCCGUACUGGCAAUCAACCAUUGCCGCCACAUUUCUGGAAUCCGCCAUUGUACGAUGCUGCAGAGAUGAACCGUCGUUUGGCUGAAUUCUUCUGAAAUAAAUCUUGUAACAUCACACAUUCAUUAUACCAUAUU